AUGCGUGGUUCUUACUACUUUGUGAUAGUGGGGUCAGAUGAUAACCCCCUUUUUGAAUUAACCCACGGUUUGGCACCCAAAACGGACUUUAGGUAUUUGAAUCAGUUCAUUGCGCACGCAGCCCUUGAUAUGGUUGAUGAGAAUAUGUGGUCAUCGUCAUCAACGUACCUGAAGAUUGUGGACAAGUUUAAUGAAUGGCUCGUAUCCGCUUUUGUCACUCCAUCAGAUAUCCUUUUCCUCUCUGACAAGAUUCGCCAAUUCUUUCAAGAUGUAUAUGAAAUCUAUGUCCGGCUGUCUCUCAACCCAUUCUUUGAGCCCAAUAGCAGAAUCACAUCGGAAGCCUUCUUCAGGAAGGUUCAACAGCUCGCAAGGAACCAUUUCGGAUAA